CCUUCAUAUUCUUUCUUCUUCCUCUCAAUUUCUCUACUUUCUUUUAGAAACAUAAAAUCUCUCUCUCAUCAUUGUAAAUGGCUUCCAUUUUCUCUCUCUACAUUCCCAUUUUCAUGGCCUACACAGCUUCCGUUUUCCCUUUCUCUUUCGCUUCGUAUCCCAAUGACUUCCCUACCCACCUCAUUUCUUCCAUCUCCGCCGCGCCCGAAUUUUCUCCGUCACCAGCGCCGGCUUCAGACAUUUCUCCACUCUUUCCCACUCCGGGAGACGCUACCCUUCCCCCCUCCUCCUUGCCUACCAUACCCUCCAGUCCCAGCCCUCCGAACCCCGAUUUUAUGGACGCUGCGCCGGCGCCGGAGAUGCCUCUUUCGCCCUCUCAGUCCUUGCCAUUCUCUACAGCUGCUGCUCUUAACUCCGGUGGGUGGUGUUGUUCGGUCUUUGUAGCUCUUACGACGACUCUCGUUGCAGAGCUACGCCGGUGACGGGUGCACCGCCAUUGCUCGGAUUUUAGUGGACAUUGGAGUGUAGUUAUGUUUUAUGGCACGAGUAAUUCUCUUAUCUUUUACUUUUUGUUUUCUUGUUACUACAUAUAUGUAUAUUUAAUUUUUGGAUUUGAGUCAAUUUUUAUUUUUUCAGU